AUGCAAACGGAGGGUUAUUUGUAUCUUCUUGCUGACGUCUCUGCCAAGAUCCUGUUCUCUGCACUUCUGCUGGAAAGCAACUUCAUGUGUAUUGAAGAGGCCCAGCGCAUCGCACAAGAGAAGCGGAAGAGGGACGUACAGAUUGUCCGCAGCAUAACCGAUGAAAAGCGCAUGGAGGCAGAGCUCCUUUACAGCUCGGGUACAUACCAGGAUCUCACGGACGUCAGCUACUCGGCACCGUACGGCAAGAGUUCGGUGCCUACGAGGGGGCUGAAAAGGAGAGGCGCUACCCAAGCACACGCAGAAGGGGGGAGAAGCGCCUUGCUCUCAUUUAGGAAGGUUGGGAUGGCGAGAGAGGGCGCCUGGCCUCGGCGAGAGCCGAUUUUGGCCUCUUACGACAUUUCCGACGUGAUCGAGUACCUGGAGACGUCCUUGGAGGCUCUGACGGCUCUCGUCCGGUUGUUAGAGCGUUCGUCGGGUGGUCCGGAGAUCGCGAUACCCGAGGGUCCUUCGGUCCGUAGGGAGUGGAUCGAGGGUCUUCCGGCUCAGCUCGCGACCCAAGCCGACUGGGUAAGAGCGUCGGUCGCCUACGUGCAGCUUCUGGAGAGCUUGGAGGAUUUCGCUGGGCCUUUCGGGGAGUUCCUGCGAAGGGCGGCUGAGCUGGGGAGCAUACCUCACGUCGACAUCGAGUUCGAUGAGUGGGUCUUGAAGUGCAUCAUGCUGUGGCUGAGAAAAUCUGGGGUGCCCAUCGUGAGGGAGGUCGGAAGUAACUUUAAGGUGGAGCUCGGUGGUGGAGCACGGCGGUCCAUGGUGGUGGCAGUGGUUCUUCUUCAGGGUUGUAGAGAUCGCCUAGCCAAGGAUGAGUGCUAG